UCUAGGAGGAUGGAGCCAUUCCGAAUGGCCGGGUGUCCCAGGUUUGUCUCCGUCUCCUACAUCUCGUACCAGCCACUCUGCUCGGAGCCACUCUCCUUGUCGCUCCUCACGCAGUCCUUAGCACUGUCAGCUCAGCCAAGUGCAGGCUUGGUAACGGCCCUGCCGAUCUACUGUGGAAGGGCUGGGCCGGGAGCCGUCGGCUCUGCUGUUAGCAGUCGCUCUGCUCCCUUGGCUGUGCCAUGGAAGAUGAUGGUGGGCGGCUGGGCUCAGGUCAGUGACCAGCUCUCCUCUCGCUACUCCAAGUGCUGACCAUGGACCACCCGAGGAGGCGCAUCCUCUUGUCAUGCUGCAAGAUGUCUGACAUCGUGGACGAAGGCAUCACGCUUGUGGAAGAUAUUGAUAAGUGCCGGGAGCCAAUCCCCAGCCUGGAGGCCAUCUACCUGCUCAGCCCUGUGGACAAAUCGGUGCAGGCUCUGAUCAGUGACUUCCAGGGCACCCCCACUUUCAACUACAAGGCAGCUCACGUCUUCUUCAUUAGCCCCUGUCCUGAGCCUCUGUUCAAGGAGCUGAGGAAGUCACGGAUCACCAAGGCCAUCAAAACACUCAAAGAGAUCAACAUGGCCUUCCUGCCCUACGUGAGCCAGGUGUACUCCCUGGACGGGCCACAGACCUUCCACAAAUGGUUCAGCCCCUACAGCUCCUUGGAAAAGAACAAGCAGCUGGAGAUGAUGGCAGAGCAGAUUGCCACAUGGUGUGAAACCCUGGAGGAGUAUCCAGCCAUCCGCUACCGGAAAUGGUGUGCCCUGGGGAAGGGGUACCCAUCCAUCCACUACAGGAAGUGAGUGUGCCGGGGGAAGGGCUGUGACGAAGUGGGAAUGUUCUUAUUGUUUUCUUUGAAUACUGCGUGGGUGCCUGUGACCCAGCAGGGAGAGGGGAGUAUUGACCUGGGAAGGUUGCAGGGGAGUUUUGCUGGGACUGUCUGCAUUGGGGAUGGGAGACUUUCUUUGAGGCCAGAUACCUGAACAUAAAUAUAUCAGAAGGAUUAAUAUUAGGGAGGGAGUGGAAUUAUUUAAGCUUAAUACCAAUGUGGACACAAGAACAAAUGGGUAUAAACUGGACACUAGGAAACUUAGACUUGAAAUUAGAUGAAGGUUUCUAACCAUUAGAGGCGUGAAGUUCUGGAACAGCCUUCCAGGGGGAAUAGUGGAGGCAAAAUACAUAUCUGGCUUUAAGAGUAGGCUUGAUAAGUUUAUGGAGGGGAUGAUAUGAUGGGCUAGCCUAAUUUUGGCAAUUAAUUUGGCAACUGAUCUUUGAUUAUCAGCAGGUAAGUAUGCCCAGUGGUCUGUGAUGGGAUGUUAGAUGGGAUGAGAUCUGAGUUACUACAGAUAAUUCUUUCCUGGGUGCUGGCUGAGUCUUGCUCAUAUGCUCAAGGUUUAACUGAUGGCCAUAUUUGGAGUCGGGAAGGAAUUUUCCUCCAGGGCAGAUUGGAAGAGGCCCUGGAGGUUUUUCGCCUUCCUCUGCAGCAUGGGGCGCGGGUCACUUGCUGGAGGAUUCUCUGCAGCUUGAGGUCUUCAAACCACAAUUUGAGGACUUCAGUAACUCAGACAUAGGUUAGGGGUUUGUUAUAGAAGUGGAUGGGUGAGAUUCUGUGGCUUGCAUUGUGCAGGAGGUCAGACUAGAUAAUCAUAAUGGUCCCUUCUGACCUUAAAGUCUAUGAGAAACAGAAGGGGGGUUGGAACCACGUGACACCUUUGCCUGGGAAACUGGACAAAGGCUGGGGGAGGAGCAGGGGGAGGCUGGGUGAGAUGGCUGGAGGGAGUUUCAAUUUGGAGCUGGCUGGAAAGUGGAGGGGAGCCUAGCCGGGGCUCUGGCCUCCCUGGCGCCCCCAAGAUGGACCUAACUAAAGGGGGUCCUGUUGUCUGUAUUGGCAAGACCUGUCUUGGACUGUAUUCCUGUCAUCUAAGUAAACCUUCGGUUUUACUGGCUGGCUGAGAGUCAUGGUGAGUCGCAGGAAGUCGGGGGUGCAGGGCCUUGUCUCCCCCACACUGUGACAAGAGGUACCCAGCCAUCUGCUUCAGGAAGUGAGUGUGCCUGGGGGAAGGGGUACCCAGCUAUCCCCUAUAGGAAGUGAG